AUGUCUGAUAAUAUAACAAAAAAAAUUCUUGUACUUGGAAGUCGUUGGAGUGGUAAAAGUCUUUUAAUAAAACGUUUAGAAGAUCUUUGUUCAUCAUCGAAAAUAACAAAUGAUGAAUUUAUUUAUACAACAACUACUAUUGGAAAAACAUUAACACUAUUGAAAUAUAAACGAAAUCAAACAUAUGAAUUACAUGAACUUGGUGCAUCAUUAAGUUCUCUAUGGAAAUCAAUUUAUACGAAAAGUGAUUUCGAUAAAAUUAUUUAUGUUAUUGAUUCAACCCAACCAUGGUCAAUUUCAUUUAUAUUAGAACAAUUAAAAGAAAUAUUCGAACAAAUACCAAUAAAAUCAAAAAAUAUUCUUCUAGUUUUUAAUAAAGCUAAUGAAAUUAAUUCAUUAAAUAAAACAGCUUUAGCUGAAUUACUUGAUUUAGAUUCGUUUUGGAAAGGAGAAAUGGAUGUCAUUGAAACAAAUGCUCGAACCGGAAUGAAUUUAUCAGCAUUACUUGAAUGGUUAAUACGAUAG